GUUUAGGUGGCUCUUUUUUGCUUUCUUCGGUUUUGUUUUUCAAAAUAAAACCGAUAAUGUUGGAGCUGUCUAAAUGAUUAGCCACUAUAAUUACUGUAACUACUGGCAUUUUUUCUUUGAUAAUUUCAGGAUUUUUAAAUUACUUAAAUUAAAUAACGAAAAAUUAAAUGCGGAAAUUGCAAUCUUAAAUCUUCAAAUAUGGUUUAGAGAAAAGACGUUUUGUACUGUAAAUUAGAUAUGUUUAUUGUAAACGUCACAGAAAAAUCAUAGGAAAAAUGCUACGGAAACCAACCGGAAACAAAAGAAAAUUUACAUGUAAAUCAUUGAAUGCAAAAAAUGUAAAAUAUUUAUGUUAUCUUUAAAGAAAUGUUGAAAAAAUUCAGAAAUUCAAAGAAAAAAUUCAAAAAUCAUGUCACGCAAGGAUGCUUCUAAAUGAAGUUACCGAUUCAACUUCCCAAAUAAUUCAUAAUUGGAGGUGUGAAGAAUUGUUUGCAUCUGAAACGCGUGAUAAUGAUUUCAUUCGCAGAAAAUCUAAAGAAAACUUUGUAAAAUCCAGAGGAAUAAAUGAAGAAUUUCAAAAAAUUUUAUUCCGUGGAUACAUGCAAAAUACAAGAAAACUUUCAGUAAAAUAUACCCAAAAAUAUAAAGAGGAAGAUGUCGAAAAAUAUUCUGCACAAAAAGCAAAAAAUAAGGAAGAAUUCUCUAAUGACAAAGAAAAGGAUACGAAAGAAUUAUUUGCAGAUGAAAAGAAAAAACGUUCAGAAAACUUUUUUCUAUACGAAUCCCAAAACGAAGAAGGUGCAGAUAAAAUGUAUUAUAUAGAUGAAGUCACAACUGAUGAUGAAAGCAUAUAUAUAAAGGAAUAUCUUUCGCGUUAUGCUGAAGACGAACAGAUUUUAAUAAUUUCAAAUACGAGAACAAAAGAGAAAAAUUCGGAUGAUUCAGAUAUUCUUGACAGAGAAAAUGAAAAAACCGAUGAAGUCACUUCAGAAGAAUUCUAUGUUGGAUGCCAAUUGGUAAAAUUCUUUCACGUGUACAACAAAAUAAAAAAAGUCAGGAAAUAUUUUGUAGGAACUCAAUUGCUACAACUAUUCAGAAAUGGUAUCAAACGCAAACUUUAAUAAAACUAUGUAAUUGCUCAGGAUCUUACAAAAAAUGGGGGAUUUAUAGUAUUUGCCAAAAUGAACGUUCGUAGGAUUAGUUUGUAUUUUACUGCUGCUUGAGAUACUAGCGAUUAAUCUCUUACAACAUCAUCAUUAAGCUUAUUAAGAAUUUCCAUUUUAUUUUUAAAAAUUAAAGAUACAACUGCUGGAAUCUUUCUUGGAGGUUUUAAACCGAUUCGGAUGAAUUUUAUUUUUCUUGAAGCUAGAAUUUUACCCGUUUGGAUACGAUCCUAGGUCCCGCUCUGGUUCCCGAAUAAAAUCCCGGACAUCAAGCACCUCAGAAAAAUUCCUGGAGUUUUUCUGAGCUGCCUGACGUCUAGAUGCAUCAGGUCCAUCCCUGACUAUCCCAUUACGGGCCUGGCCAAACUCAUACUGGAUUUGCUAAAGCAGACCACUGAGCUAACAGAGCGGAAAGAGUUUAAAAAGGGGAAAA